AUGUAUCUUUUAAUAUUCUUCGCGUUGCCCCUCGCUAAAGCGACGUACGUCAUCACCGUUUACGGAGACGUAUAUAAAGACACGGAAUUCUUCACUCGGACUUUCCCGUGGAUCGUGGAUAACAUCGGUGGGGACAUUACCGUGGACUACCAUCUGUUGGGGAGCGGCAGGUACUCAGUGCCGCAGAUGUGUGCGCUGAGCCAGCUCAGGUCGAACACCUAUCUGCAGGCGGAGUUCUUGAAAUGCGAGGCUGAAGGCACAAGAAGCGAGAUCUGCCUCUGCAGAAGCGGCGUUGAUGCCAAAAAGUUCAGGCAGUGCGUUCUGGAGCGAGGCAACAUGGCGGGCUUGGCUGCCUUCAAGCAUUCGCAGCUCAACAUAGACGUGUCACCUAUCAUUGAGCUGGGGCCCAGGAUCACUGUCUCCGAGGUUCCAGAUGAACAUUAUCUCAAGAAGAUAUGCACUAUAUUCGGCGAUGACAAACCAAGAGGAUGUGUCAGGCCGUUCGAUUGUAACAAUAACAAUAGAACGGAUGCUUUGGAACCGAGAGCUCUGGCGCACUUCGAUUGCAGUAAGGUUGAUAAUACUUGUGAUACAAGCACUGCUACUACUACUACUCUUACUACUACUCCUACUAUUCCUACUACUAUUUAUAAGGAAGGAAAAUUUAAAAGGUAA